GCAAGAAGUACUAUAGGAUUUUCCGUGUCCGAACGUGUAAUGCCGCUUUCCCUGCAAGAAUGAAAUGGACACUGGCCGUGACAGCGCGGAGGUUCUUGGCCACCGCGGCGGCUACUUGCACCGCGUUCACCAUUAUCAAGCCACCUGUAACCGUCCCGCCGGCAGCGGUGCAGCGGAGGCCGGCCCUCGAGAUGAAGCCAGGGGAACUCCAGGCGAUUCGCGUACAACACAGGCAAGAACCGCAAGCGGACGACGCGGGCACAGCUGCAGGAGGAGACAAUGCAGCCCCAAAAGCAGCAGCAGAGACAAGUUCAGCUGCGGAUGGUGUUGAACCCGCAAGUGCAGCAGCAGGAGAAGGAGCGGAACAGACCACGACCGCACAAGAAGACCCAGGUUCAGCGUCUUCGGCUGCUUCAGCAUCUUCUGCUGGAAUUCCCAGUGCGGCCGAGGGUGCGGCUGCCGCCGCAGCUGACCAGCUCGUCCCGGAGGGAGGUCUUGUUCCGGGUAUCAAAGAUUUAGACAUGGCGAAAGACCCAGAGUCCUCCGCCGGCGGGGAAGCGACAGAUGACAGCGACGGUGGCACGAAAGCAGAGGAAGCAGCUGAUACUAUCGAGGAUAGUACCUCCAGCGGUACAACAAACAGCACGGCUGCGGAGCCAGUCGAGGACGAAGUGCUGCCACCGACUCCACACCCCACCCCAGCGGAGGAAGAGGUUGCAACCGACGCGAUCCCUGGCGCAGGGGGGGAAGCUGCGGACACAACAACUUCCAGUGAGGGGGCCACGACAGGCGUGCCCGGGGAGGAAGGAGCGGACAAUGGUACAACUCAGACGACCCCCACUGAUUCAUCCACCAGCACAUCGUCCGGGGAUUCGUCUGUCGGUACUGGUACUGCCUCUGCCGGUACAACGACAGGAGAAACAGCUGCCGGGGGUGCUUCAGCGUCGUCUUCAGCAGAAGAAGUAACCCCUGCGUCCUCUGCCUCUGCUGCCGCUCCGUCGGGAAGUUCGCAGCCCAUGCCGAUCGGCAAAACACCCAGCUGUGACGUGUUCAAGGGCGUCCCGGUGGGGACGGGUCCAGCGAACGACCGGUUCGUGGAUCCGGUGACGCACUACUCAAAUAGGUUUGGAGCGUACCUGUUUCCCUACAAGGAGCGCGUUCACGCCGACUAUUACCCGGUCUAUCGCUGCUGUCCGCAGCUGUACACGAAUAAAGGGGUGGCGCAUCGGGUAUGACGGGAAUCGUUCAUUUUUUCCUCACCGAAAUACUCAAUGUUGCACGUCUACAGUAGAAGCAGAUGCUCGCCUGGUUUGUCGGAAAUAAAAAUCCUUUUAGGAAGUUGCACGCUCUUUUUGGAGCGCUUGGUGCUUGUAACUUUGUACUGAAAGAACACACUAUUAAGACAAACUCUUGCUCAUCAUCGUCUUCGAGGUGAAUUGCGGGGGCCCAGACUGCACGCCAUUCUACGGCUGCGCCUGGGAUGCCUGCCCCGCGGACCCAGCACACGCGAUCCCAGAGGGGCGGUGCGCGCCGGAAAACGCAGAGCGGCGUGUGUGCGGGCAGUACCCCCCGCCGUGCGUGAUAACGAGUUGGCCGCCGCCCGGGCGGUGUGGAGCGUUUUUCUCGGACCAAAGCUGCGCUGCGUUCUUGCACCACAAUAACGCGAAGCUCCGGGUGGACGCUGCCGACGUGUCGUGCGCCGGCGGUGCUUGUACGUUUGAGGACGCCGCGACUUGUUGUGAAGCUCCGUGCCCCCCGGGGCACUUUGGAGACAAGUGCGCACCCUGCGAACGCGGAACCUUCAGUCGUGACGGCGGGCCCGCGUGCACGCCGUGUCCAGAGGGUAGCAGCACGCUUGCAAUCGGCGCAGGCAGCGAGGCGGAGUGCGACGGUAUAGGAAUUUUUACAUGUGCGUAUUUUUGUACGUUCAGAGGCAUUUCAUCUUCUGAAUCUUCGCCGAUAAACCUUCCCUCGCUGCUUCCACUCAUGACCUCAUUGUCUCGCAUACUCUCCUUCAGUCUGUGCGGCCGGCUACGGUCUCGCCCCGGGGGAGCGCCGUCACUGCACACGGUGCGAGCCGGGCACGUACAGUGUUGGCGGAACCGCGCAGGAAUGUCACGUGUGCCCGAGAAAUUUUGUCACGAAGAAGAGCGGAGCGACGAGUGCCGACGAAUGCACUGUUUGCGCGCCUGGGUUCGGGGGCGACGACUGCAGUCCCUGCCCGAUCGGGACCUACAACUCCGGAACAGGUGCAGAGUGCAAGCCUUGCCCAAAGCGCUUCUCCACGCCGCAUUCGGGGGCGACCGACCUGUCGCAGUGCACCGCGUGCGCCCCGGGCCACUUCGGGGCCGACUGCGCGCCCUGCGAACUGGGAACCUUCAGUCGUGGAGGAGUGGUACCGAGGUGCCAACCGUGCCGUACCGGAUUCUCUACCAAGAAAACCGGGUCUGUGGAGUGCGACAGUACUUACUUAACAAAAUAUUAUUGCGUUUUUUUCCGCAUGAGUAUGAAAUGAUUUUCAGCUUCAGCAAGUCCAGUUUUGUUUCGUUUCCGUGCUGUUGUCAGUACGCGGUUCGUAGGAAGGUCGUUCCAACCUUGCAGUUUCUGACUGUGCAUGUCGAACAAGUAGAAGCUGAUGAAUGAAACAUUUUUUCAACAGUUUGCACCAAGGGCCGCGGCGGUACUGAGUGCACUUAUUGCGAAGCUGGGACCUACAGCGAUCUCCAGAAGUGCGUUGCCUGCCCCGACGGGUUUACGUCUAUGCGUGGGUCGACGGCAAAGGAGUUUUGCCUCAGUACAAAAAGAUAAUAUGUCUUGACGAGUUGUUUAUUUCUUUUUCCCAUUUUUCUAUUCCGCUUGGAUCUGGAUGUGCUCGAUACGUUUCUUUUCUGAUUACGAUGGAAGAAUUCGACGCACAGACCCUACAGGCAGAGAUUUUGUUUUUGACAAAUUGAAACAGGAAGCUGCGGAGCGUCGAAAGACUGCGCAGAGAAGGAAAGCGAGAGCUCGUUUUGCUGGAGUGGCACUUGCCACGACACGAAGGACCACGCGGAGUGCCAGCUCGACGACGUACUGUGCCACCCGACUGUCGAGGGCAAUCUGUGGAAGGGAUCUGACCUGUAUUCGAACGAGCAUUUCUACUGCCCGCGCUUCGACUGCGGUGGGUACCACGCGGCGCCCAAAGCUCCUUUUUCGCAGGGCACCAGUCCCAUGUUGAUACGCCGGAACAAGGAAGAGAACUACACUCCUAGCGACCAUAGCACUGUCGCUCAUCAAACUGCUGCUGCGGAGACUGUCGAAGGAGCUGCUGCCCUGCCGGCGAUACAUCGAACGCACAAUAUCGAAGAACCCGUAGCUGCAGCUGAUGUUUUUACUGCGGAGAGGAGUAAAGGUCCACCAGUCCCGGUAGACACAACUCGCGGUGCAGGCGCGCAACCCGGAAGAGAAGAUUCCCCUCGCCACAUCGGCCUCGAGCCUCUUCCGACCGAGGUGCCGCCCAUUCCCGCUGCGUUUCAGGCAAAGCAAGAAGGCGAAGGAACGAAUUUGGUGCCGCCUACGACGAGGACCGCACGUGCUGGGAUUUCAGACUCCGGAGACGAGCAGAAUGCAAUAGAGCAAACACUUCCCGCAGUGAAACUAGAAGAAGCUGGUGGAAAGGUAUCAACAAGAAAAGCCCAGGAAGCAGCGAACGCACAGCAACUCGCUAGCAAAAGUGAAAAACUGAAGACACGAAAAUCUUCACUAGGAGCAGAACAAACUCCUGGGCCGCAUCCACAAAAGAAGGUUCUACAUCAGACAAAGACUGAAGGAAGCGCCAAAGAUGUCGCACAGGACAAAUCUCCACUAUCCUUUCAAGCGGAAAACCAGCGGAACAGAAAUGAAAAGCCGAGUUUCACGGACACGAUCAAAAAUGAGGAAACGCUUGUUCCGCGACGGGCAACAGAAGAAAAAAAGACAGCAGUGGGAACUCCUCCGCCCCCUCAGUCGAAAGACCCAAUUGCACCUUCACACCGGUCUCUUCAUUUGGAGGUCUUGACGACCGAGAGAACGAACACGGCAGUUACACAAGAUGAAGCAGAAAAACAGAAACACAAACUCGACGGAAAAAGACCACCAAUCGACACCAGCCGAGCAGAAGCAAAGAGUCUCAGUGCAGUGAAAACGGCUGGAGAACAAUUGCCAGCGGCACAUGAUGAAAGCAAUAGCGAGGAGACGUCGAACCAAGAAGGCGAAAAGGUAAGUCGUCCGCUGAAGGUUUCUGUGAACUUCCCGCGAUUGUCGAACGAACCGAAAAAAGCAAUGGACUUCGCUGCUCCCAGGCCUGAGACGAAAGCACAACGCAGCGAAGAACACCACGAGCAGGCGGAGCAUGAUGCUGGAGCCACUGAUGUAGUUGAUAUGAUGGCACGUGAGAAAGAACAUCACAUGCAAGAGCAGCAAAGAUCCGACACGGAACCGAUUUCGUUCCCUGGUUUUGACGACACCACGUCAUCAUCUGCAAAUAGAGCUGCGUCCGACGACAGCGAAGAAGAAGAGGAGAGCUCGGAAAACUUUUCUGACGAGGAAGCGACGAGCGGAAAUUUUGACGGCGCGACUCCCAAACUGGUUGGCGGCUCCGACGGUCCUGGCAGGAGGGACGAAAAAGAAAACUCCGGAUCCGGAGAAGAAGAGCAGUCGGAAGAACGGACCGCGUCUGGUGAAGACCAAGAUGAAGAUGCUAGUACACCUCCAGGUGCGUCUGCUAGUCCGUCCGCGCUUGCACAAAGUCGCAAAGAGACUUCUGCUGCAAUCGAGAAUAGAUCGUCGAGCCACGUAGUUGCACCGCAGCCAAUUGAGACACAUGCUCCUGAUGGGAAUUCGGUGAGAAGAGCGCCGCCAUCUGGGAGCAGGGAAAAAGAAGCCAAGUCUGUGAACUUCGAAAUCGCGACAACGAAAACGAGAAGCAGUCGUCCGAGCACAGCGAGGAAGACGACCACGACAAAAGGUCUGUCGCCCAGUGAGCAAGUAGCUGAACGCCUUUCCAAGAAAGUGCUCACCAAGAUCCUGUUCCAAGAAAACAACAGCGACGAAAAUAAGCUGCUGGUGGAAAAGCGCAGGACAAGCAGAACAAAAUCAGAAAGCCGCGGAGGAAAAGAAGAUCACCGUGUUGCGCCAGAAGCACAACGAAAAGAACACCGCAGUACUGGCGUUUUUUCUCCUUCACAAACACCGCAACGGCAGAAAUCCCCUGGGGAGAGGACAUCAACACACAACUAG